CUUAACAAGAUUUGCAAAAGCAAUUCAGUUUGACCAUCAUUAUUUUAGCAAUAGUAGCAUGAUUGCGAGACGAUCAUAUCUAUCUACACCAAUGCUCGAGGCUUCUAACUUUGAAGAGUCAACCAAGAGGAAAUAUCUGAAACCAAUACUGGUACUGGCAAUAUAUGGAGCAAUUUUUCUUUUUGUUGAGCACAGAGUCAAUUCCUCCAUUCUUUCCGGUGAUCAGGUGUCUGAGAGAUUGAACGCAACCAACAAGAUUCCAACAACCACUACAGGCAAGGAACCAGGGUAUGAAGACGAGUCUAUUGAACUUGACCCGACUGAUGGGUCUGCGAAACAUUCCAUUGCCAUUAAGCCAAAAUUUUGCAGCCGUGAACGGAUUCGAAAAGGAGAAUGGAAAGCAGUGCGUAGGGAAAAACCUCUUUACGCACUAGAUGAAGACGCAUGGGAAAAUAAAUGCUAUCAAAAGAAACAAACCGAGAAGCCUGCGAUCAUCGAUAGCUGGGAGUGGAUCGCAAACGAAAACGGCGGAGACGACAAAGCUGAUUGUUCCUUCGCUCCUUUUGAGGUCCAUCGGUUCUGUCAACUGAACAGCAACCGCACCAUUGCGUUCCUUGGGGAUUCUAUAUCGUGGCAGCAAUUCAAUUCUCUCAAUUAUCUCUUAGGAGCCACCGAUGAAUACCGAACCACGGCAACUAUAAAGAUCAACGGGGUAAUGACGGGAUCUAUAAAUAACAACGCCUGCAGCGGGAACACGAAGCUGCUCUGGUUGCGAGACAACCGUGCCAAAGUCUCAAGGCUACACCACAUCAUAGGGCUGUAUGAUCCCGAUGUCAUUGUCCUCAAUCGAGGAGCCCAUUACGUGGAAAGCUCUGUUUUGCGCAUGGAAUUGAAUUUGACGMUUGGCAGGGCGUUGGAAUGGCAGCGGGACUGCGACAAACGCGGCGGCGAAAGGGAUUGUCUACUGGUCUGGAGAACCACGGCUCCCGGCUUUCCYGAUUGCGAGAAUACACCUGGUCCCAUUGGGAUCGACCGCCAGGCCAUGGCCAAAGAUACGGUCUCGGAUCCCUCUCAUCCGUGGUAUCAGACACGGCUAAAUGGUCACAAAUUCCAUUGGUGGGAUUUCGCUGGUCAAAAUGCCAUAGUGGAAGAUCUGUUUCAAUCCCGAAUACGGCAGGGACUUCGGGUGUCGUUCCUCGAUUUUUACGAAAUGGCCAUUUUGCGUCCGGAUCUUCACAUUGGCAAGGGCGAUUGUCUUCACUAUUGCUUGCCGGGACCACAUGAUGCUGUAAAUGCCGUGCUUCUUCACGAAAUGGAAGUUGCAAGAUCAACUCGGAAGUCACCCUUUCGCCAUUAGCUGCAUCAAAUUCUACUUUAGUCACUACCCUAAGAGAACAAC